AUGGACAACCUCGUACCCGAGCACGUUCCAGACCACCUUCUGGACGACCCAAAAACACCCGGUUCCUCAAAACGUCUACUCAUGGCUGUUGACUUUGGGACCACGUACUCGGCGAUCGCAUACGUCGCACUUGAAGGCGGACCAGAAGAAUCGGCCGGCGAUCUCGAUCUUACGCACAUUUGCACAAUACAAAACUACCCAGAUGACGCGACCUUUGGUGCUCUGGACGACGAAAUGCGAAGUGAGGUACCUACAGAAGUGAUAUACCCGUUGGAUCGUGACUUUCGGCAAAAGGAGGGCUUACUAGCCAUUGGAAGACAGAAUCAACUGGAGGAGGUGCCAGAACCGGCCAUUGGCGAGGUCAAAGCAGAUUCGGACAACCCUCUGGCCAUCUUCGGUGCGCAGGGCGCCAAUUACUCGGAUCAGAUGUCUGUCGACGAGACAAGCUCGUUUCGCUGGGGUUACGGAGUCCACGAGACCUGGGAUAGAUUUGCCACCCACGCCGAUCCAAACAACAGACCCCUCGCUCGAUUCAAACUCCUUCUCGACAAUAGCGACUGGACUCAAACCGUUCGGGACGAUUUGGGUGUCACGCUACAGGAGCUGAAGCGAAGAAGAAUUAUCAAAGACCCCUGCGAUGUCAUUGCCGAUUUCCUGACAUGCCUCUUGCGGCAUGCGAAAACUGAACUUGAAAAUGCCGGAUACGACGACAGCUACAAAAUGGAAACUAUCCUCUGCGUCCCGGCGAUCUGGAGCCAAAAGGCCUGCCGUAACAUGCAAACAGCGAUGGCGAGAGCCAUGGGUCAGGCAGGGUUUGCAGGCGUUGACGUCCAGAACAACAACAUCGACAAUCUCUUCAUUGUGUCUGAGCCAGAGGCAGCCGCUGCGUUUGUGCUGGCUACUUCACGCGAUAUCACGGUAACAUGCGUAUCUCUCAGAACAGGUGGCCUUUACGGAUCUAGCUACAUUAACGAAAGCUUCCGCGAGCUGCUUCGACGUCGACUUGCCGACGAAGCAUACUUGGAAAGCGAUGAUAGAACCAUCGACGGAAUUAUUGAAAGGAUCAUGUUCGAUAAAUUUGAGUACAGGCUCAAACGAGUCUUCGACUGCUAUUCAAUCAAGGGCACGAAAAAAUUUGAUGUCCCGGGCCUCCGUCCCGAUCCUGCAAAAGGCUUCGACCGGGGCAGCUUAAAGAUACCCGAACUCUUCCUCGCUCGUAUGAAAGGCAUUGGGUCUAUCAUGGAAGAACAGAUUACCAAUGCCUUGAAGAAGGACACCAAGAUUAACAAAGUUCUCCUCAUUGGUGGAUUUGCUGGGUCGGUCUCACUCCAAAGAUACCUCAGCAACCACCUCAAAAGCAUCUGUGAAGAGAAGAAGUGCCCAUCUAGCGUGACGGCGGUUGCUCGUGGUGCUGUUCUUCGCGCCCUCAACAAGGAACGUGGCCCACGGGGAUACGCCAGGUCCAGCUACGGAAUACUACGAACCGAAAUCUGGAAAGAGUUCCCUGAGCAUGAGGAGGCCAAAAUUGCCUAUGACCCUCAUGAUGGGCAGCCGUACGCAUUCAACACCAUAGAUUGGGUGCUCAAAUUGGGCCAAGAAGUUGAACCAGUCUGGACAUGCGCCCCAUUUCUCUGCAGUCACACGUUUGACUGCUUCCCGGUGCGCCCGCUGAUAUGCAGGGAGAUUCUGUACGUGUCCCUAUCUCUAGCUUUUCAGUUGCGCUUAUGGCAAAAUUCCAAUGACAAAGUUUCGCGCCAUGAGAAGCACGCUGUUGGUGUCUAA